AUGUCGACAUCGUCAUCUCAAGCUCUAUCCACCCUUCAGGGCAUCGAGGCAUUCAGACUCGAACGGGAGGCGCGCGACCCAGGCAACUUCACAACGGAAAAUAUCAUUGCGGAUUAUGACUCGCUCACUGCUCCAGGAGACUCCCAAGAAUACUUUCAUGUCACAACUGACGAUACGACCUGGAAAAGGUUUGCCAUUAUGAGGCGCCAUGGCAGGGACAAGACCGCAGUACACAGAUACGACGUCAGUGUGGACAAGAGAAUUUAUGUCGUAAGAGAUGCCUAUUUUCAGCAGGGCGAGACGAUGGGCGCUCCAAGAUACACGGAGAUGCGGCUGUACAACAUGAUAAUUGUCAACUACAUAGCUGCGGGCGGGGAUCCAACCCAACUCCGCCAAAUCCUGGUCGCCGACAUCACGCACGACCAAGCCAUCCGAGCAAUACGUCGUCAGCGUUACGACAUCUGCAAGAAACAUCCCGAGCGACACGAUUGGCCCGUGGUCAUUGACAAAAUCAACACCGAGUAUGGCACCCAGCUGGGUAUAUCCAACGUGCGAUAUGCACCACUGCGAUGCGACGGAGAUUGGAGCGCUGAAGGCACUCAAAUGGUUCACAUGAAUGUCGCGCUUUACGAUGAAGGCGCGUGGUAUGCCGCCGAGGCACAGCAAGCACAGCAAGUUGCAAGCACUCCGGACAACUCGCAAGCCUACAACGAUCCAGCAGCCUAUCAGAGUUCAACGGCAUAUGCAGUCAAUACACAAGUUGUUCCGUAUGGUGGUGCUCCUCAAAGCGCUCAGAAUCCAGCAGCUUAUACGGCCAGCACAGAAGUCGUCCCGUACGGUGCGACCCAGGGCGCUCGGAUCAGUACACAAAACUAUCAGGGUUUUCCGCAACUUCAGCAGUGGAAUUACGACCAGUCCAAUGUGCAAUACUCGCAAUGGAAUUAUCCGGAUUAUAACCAAGGCUAG